AUGGUUCGCAUUAGCAUCAUUGCAACUCUCGCUUUCGCGAUCGGCGCCAUCGCCCUUACCCCCAACGAUGCCGGAGCUCGUGAUGUUGGCAACGGCCAGGGCCAGCAGUUCACUACCGGAGGUUGCGUCUCGGAUGCCGACUGCGCCGAGGGAUGCUGCGCCGGCGGCGCCACCGAUGCUCAGGGCAACGCCGUGGGCAUCUGCUCGGGCAAUGGUGCCGAGUUCCAAAACGGAAAGACUGGCUGUGGCUUCGAGGACCCCAACGCCGCCCAGAGCAUUGCCAAUGCACAGAAGAUUGUGGAGAAGCAGGGUUUCUAA